AUGGCAACGCGGCGUAAACCAAACAGCGACACAGACAACGGUGUACCUCUCACAGCGGGCAUGCCCGGCGGUACCAUCCGCCCACCGACCUCAUCGGCGCGUCGCUCCCCCUUCCUCCCUACGCGCCUCGAAGCACAACUCAUCGCCAUCUACCCAUUGACACUCCUCCUCGGUAGCGUCUUUAGCAUAAUUUCGCCUUCCAAUCGAGCCGCGCCCUAUUCCGCAACCCUACAGUCUCACCCUACCGAAUUUGCGCCCUCAUACUUUGCGCAGAAAAAGAACAUCUUCAAUGUAUACUUUGUCAAACAAGGAUGGUUCUGGACUACACUAGCAUUUGCUGUCUUUGUUACCUUCCAUCCUGGUUUCGGUCAGGGUGCGAGUGCGAGGCGCAUCCGAGCGGUCAUGCGAUAUGGUGUUGUGACGACUUGGUGGUGCUUCAUGACACAGUGGUUCUUUGGACCGCCGUUGAUCGAUCGCGGCUUCAGGUUCACUGGAGGUCAAUGCGAAAUAAUAAGAGAUCCCGAGGCGAGGGAAGAAAUGAGCAACACAAGAGAGUAUAUCACGGCUGCGACGUGUAAGGCAGUUGGUGGAACUUGGAAGGGUGGUCAUGACAUCUCUGGACAUGUCUUCUUGCUUAUUCUUGGCUCAUCGCUUCUGUGGUUGGAAUUCCUGCCUGCGUUGACGCGUGUAGAAGGGCUGAGAGACGGAAGGUUGAUCACUUUGCCAGAUGGCAAGGUUGCAAGUGUUGCAGUGGAGAAAGAGCUGGUGAAGUCUGAGGGUGAAGCUACCGCGCGUGGCGUCAAGUUCGCGCUCAGUGUCGCGGCGCUGAUGUGGUGGAUGCUUCUCAUGACAGCUGCCUACUUUCAUACUUGGUUUGAGAAGUUCACGGGCCUGCUAGUCGCAUUCGCAGCGCUGUGGACUGUCUACUUCCUCCCAAGAGGCGUUUUCCAGGUUAGAGCGUGGUUGGGUAUGCCUGGUGUAUGA